AUGAAGACCACUACUCUCUCAUUCUUCGCGGGCUUGAUGCUCGGCGCCGCCGCCGCUCCCAUCGCCGGAGCCAGCAACGGAGUCAUCACCGUCCAAGUCAGCCUCGACAUGAACCAGGCUGGCAUCGCCGCAGCCAACGCCUUCGAUGCCAACCAGCUCUUUGCGUUCACGUCCAUGCAGCAUAUUAAUGCUGUUCCUGAGGAAGUCGUCAACGGAACGGAGGCCACAGGUGGUCUCGCAGGCGCGUCAGGAACCUUUAUCUUCGGACUCAACUCUGCCGCGAACAUGAUUUGCUACAACAUCACGCUCCACAACUUCCAGGGCGAGUUCUCAUCUCCUGCGACGACUGCGACGCACAUCCACGAAGCCGCCAAGGGCGCAUCCGGGCCACCCAGAAUCUCCUUCCCGAACCCCGAGCCAGUUGGCGCAGACGCUGUGGUCCGCAACAGCGCUGGAUGCCUGAAGGGUCCGUUCGUCACGGGCGUGAUGGUCGAUGGCAAGGAUUCUGGCGAAGGCUUCCACGUUUCCAUGAUCGAGGCAAACCCCACAGCAUUUAUGGCAGACACGCACUCAUCUCUCGCGUUGCCAGGAGCUGUGCGCGGUCAGCUUGCUUGA